UGCGAAAUUAGGGAGUAAAAUCUAGUGAGUUAUUCAAGAAAAAAAAAAACAAUUAGUGACCUGGGUGGAAUAAAGUGAAAAUUGUUAAAAUUAAACAUUUUAAUGAUAAGUAACUGGAUGAAAUUACAUUAACCUGUGACUUGUUAUCGCUGAAGGAAGACUGAAAAACUCCCGUCGGGUCAACUGGAGAAGUGAAGUGAAAGGGGAUCCCUCUUUAACUAUAAUCUUCAAAUCUCGCUAAACCCUAGUGGUGGCUUUGCGAGCAUUUUCAACAUGUCUCGACCUCUGCUCUCGCUCCUCACAUUCCUUUUUCUAUCGAUUAUUUGCAAUGCAUUUUCCCCUGAAAACCCUACAGAUCGGAAAGUAUUGGUAUUGCUAGACGAUUUGUCCGUCAAAUCAUCACAUUCUCUCUACUUCCAAUCACUCCAAAGCCGUGGUUACGAUCUGGAUUUCAAACUCGCUGAUGAUCCUAGAGUCGCUUUGCAAAGAUACGGCCAGUAUUUAUAUGACGCCUUAAUUCUCUUCUCCCCGACAAUUGAAAGUUUAGGUGGAUCUCUUAAUGCGGCUGCUAUUUUGGAUUUUGUUGAUUCUGGCCAUGAUUUGAUCCUUGCUGCGGAUGCAUCUGCAUCUGACCUAAUUCGAGAGAUUGCUACUGAGUGUGGUGUUGAUUUUGAUGAGGAUCAGGCAGCUAUGGUCAUUGAUCAUACAAGCUUUGCAGUUUCUGAUACAGAAGGAGACCAUACCUUAAUUGCUGGUGACAAUUUCAUUCAGUCUGAUGUAAUCUUGGGCAAAGAAAAGAUCAAGGCUCCUGUGCUCUUCAAGGGAAUUGGUCAUUCUGUAAAUCCGGCCAAUAGCUUGGUGCUGAAAGUCCUCUCAGCUUCUCCUGCAGCGUAUUCAGCGAAUCCUAAAUCCAAAUUAUCAACUCCACCAACACUAACUGGAUCUGCAAUCGGUCUUGUUUCAGUUGUGCAGGCAAGAAAUAAUGCUCGAAUUCUUAUAUCUGGCUCCUUAAGCAUGUUUAGCAAUCGCUUCUUUAGAUCUGGGGUGCAAAAGGCUGGAAGCACUAUCAACCAUGGGAGAUCUGGUAAUGAGCAGUUUGUGACUGAAAUUAGCAAGUGGGUUUUCCAUGAAAGAGGCCAUCUCAAGGCUGUGAAUGUAAGACAUCACAAAGUUGGGGAGGCAGAUGAACCUUCUAUAUACAGAAUCAAUGAUGAACUGGAAUAUUCUCUUGAGAUUUAUGAAUGGUCUGGAACAAGUUGGGAACCUUAUGUUGCAGAUGAUGUUCAAGUUCAGUUUUACAUGAUGAGCCCCUACGUUCUGAAAACCAUGUCAACCGACCAGAAGGGUAUCUAUUAUACAUCAUUCAAGGUUCCAGAUGUUUAUGGAGUAUUCCAGUUUAAGGUUGAGUACAAGAAAUUAGGAGUGACAAGCUUGAGCCUUGCAAAACAGAUUCCUGUUCGACCCUUCAGACAUAACGAAUAUGAGAGAUUUAUAACAGCUGCUUUUCCUUAUUAUGGAGCAUCCUUCUCUAUGAUGGGUGGUUUCUUCAUCUUCUCCUUGGUAUAUCUCUACCACAAGUAGCUGCAAAGACAGCUGGAGUUAUGAAGAAUCAAGUGCAAAUUUUGUAUUUGAUGGUCUAACUUGUUAAGUUAGAAACAGAGGAUCUAGUGUUUCUUGGAACGGAAAAAGUUAGUUUUACUUUUUUAGCAGCAAAGGAGAUUAUUGGGAACUUAUAUUUGAAAUUACAUAACAUUUAUAAUUUCAUGGAUACAAUGCCCAAGGAAUUUUUGGUCUUGGCAA